AUGGACCCCAAGCUGUGGACAUUCAUACUGUUCAGCUUGCGGACAAUGAUGAUGACCUUGAUUGAUGAGGAAGAAGAAAACGCAGUGUCCAGAUCGAGGAUGGUUAGGCUUCUUUACCGCCGCUUUCGAAAAAGAGUGCAGGUGCGCCAGGUACCGCAGUCACGCGCGAGGUUCCUCCUACAACGACUGGCUGAGACCUCAGGCUACCGUCGCUGGUGGGUCUACCCCCGUUCCACAGAUUGGUGGGACUCCUUCGUACUGAGAGUCUGGGGUGAAGAAAAGUGGCUUGAGAAUUUCAGGAUGACUCGCGCCACCUUCCACUGGUUGGUGGAUUGUCUUUGUGGAAGGAUAGAGCGCCAAGGUACCAACAUGAGGAUGCCCAUACCCAUGGAGGAGAGGGUGGCCAUCACCAUUUGGUGGCUCGCCAAUACCAACUGUUACAGGCAGGUUGGUGAGCACUUUGGACUGGCACGUUCCACAAUCGCUGGCAUAGUUGUGGAGGUUUGUCUGGCCAUUGAACUGGAGCUCUUGGAAUCAGUCAUACGACCAGGACCAUAUGGAAGGGCAAUGGAUGGCUUUGCAAAACUGGGCUUUCCCCACUGCAUUGGAGCUAUCGAUGGUUGCCAUAUUCAGAUUCGCGCCCCAGUUCACCAAUCCGGGGAAUACAUCAACAGAAAAGGGUUUUUCUCCAUGCUUCUUCAGGGCACCAUGGACCAUAGUGGACGGUUUAUCAACGUCAGGGUGGGGCAUAGUGGCAAAAACCACGAUGCUUACGUGUUCAGGUCUUCUAACUUGUUCAUGGCCAUGGACCGGGUUUUUUUUGUUCCUGGUAACCCCACGGUUACGAUUGACGGAAUUCAGGUCCCUCCACUGAUACUUGGAGAUGCGGCCUACCCGAUUAGGAAGUGGCUCAUUACUCCGUAUACUGGAGCUCUGAAUCGUCAGCAGGCGGCCUUCAACAAGGCAUAUUGUCGAGCACGCAACGCCGUCGAGCGCGCUUUCGGCCGGCUAAAGGCAAGGUGGCAUUGCCUUUCACUGAAGUUGCCAAUCCAGGAGGAGAAUGUUGUCCCCAUCAUUUGUGCUUGCACCAUUCUGCACAACAUCUGUGAGGACCGUGGCCAUGAGUUAACAACACCACUGGUUGACACUGCUAACGAGGCCGCAAAUGAGGCUACUCCUGUUGUGCACGAGACUCCACGUGUUGCGGAUGCGAGGCACAAGAGGGAGGGACAGGCUGUUAGAUGGGCAAUAACACAGUGGAUGCUAAGGCAACGACCUCCGCGCUGA